CAAACCUUCAGACAUCAGCAUGACUCUGAACUCAGGGGAAGAAGAUUAUUCAGAACUAAAAUGUUAAUUAUUAACGAGACAGCAAUAAUCUAUCGUAUCAAGAAUCAUAAAGCAUUAGACUGAGUUGCUGUUGUGCACUAGUUUGACUACAGAAACAAAGCAGAGACCAUGGUGCUCAGGUGGAUGAUCCUGGUCUUUGGUCUGGGACUGACGGCGGCGAAGCUCACAGGUGACACAGAAAUCGAUGUAGAUGAGGGUGGCAACUGGGACAUCUCUGACAUCAAUGAGGCUGCAGGGCUGGACCUGCUGGAAGGAGACAUCCAAGAGCCCAAGACCAUCGACAGAAACUCCAUCAUAGGAGAUGAGUAUCGCUGGCCAACAACUGUUCCGUACUACCUGGAAGACAGUCUGGAAAUGAAUGCAAAGGGUGUGGUCCUGAAGGCGUUCGAUCAGUACAGGCUGAAGACGUGCAUCGACUUCACUCCGUGGAAGGGAGAAGAGAACUACAUAUCUGUGUUUAAAGGCAGUGGAUGCUACUCCUCUGUGGGAAACAGGCGUGUGGGAAAGCAACAGCUGUCCAUCGGCAGCAACUGUGACAGUUUGGGAACCGUGGAGCACGAGUUUCUCCACGCUCUCGGCUUUUGGCAUGAGCAGUCCAGGGCUGAUCGGGACGACUAUGUCUACAUCAUGUGGGAUCAAAUUGAAUCUGGAAAAGAGCACAACUUCAACACAUAUGACGACACCGUUUCCAGCUCCCUUGGGGUUCCUUAUGACUAUAGCUCUGUUAUGCACUACAGUAAGACGGCCUUCAACACAGGCUCUGAGCCCACAAUCGUCACCAAUAUUCCACAUUUCAUGGAUAUAAUUGGUCAGAGGAUGGGCUUCAGUGAAAGCGAUCUAACCAAGCUCAACCGCCUCUACAACUGUACAACAUCUUCCACGUUUGUGGACAGCUGUGACUUUGAAGAGGAGAACAUCUGUGGGAUGAUUCAGAGUUCCAAUCAGUGGGGGUGGAACCGGCACAGAUCUGUUGAUGGAGGACCUCAGACUGACUCCACCAACAGGGGCCAAUGUGAAGGAAAGGGGUUCUUCAUGCAUCUGAGCACAGGUUCUGCUCAGGCUGGAGAACGUGCUUCUCUGGAGAGUCGCUGGCUUUACCCCAAACCCGGACCCCAAUGUCUGCAGUUCUUCCUUCACAAUAGCGCAGCAGCUGAUGAUGUUCUUAACAUUUGGGUGAAAGAGUAUGACGUAAAUAACUCUGGGGAGGAACUGAAGCUUUUCAAGAGCAUUUCGGGGGGCACUAUGGGCUCCUGGGAGCUUCACAACAUUGACUUGGAAGUAACCAAAAAGGCACGGGUGGUGUUCGAGGGGGUGAGGGGGAACAGCCCAUCAAGUGGUGGUUUCUCUGUGGAUGACAUUAACUUGUCCUCCACAAAGUGUCCUAUGCACAUCUGGCACAUCCAAAACAUCACAGGCCUGCUGGCCUCCACCCCUGCAGGGGAGAAACUCUACAGCCCUCGCUAUCUGUCACCAGCUGGAUACUCCUUCCAGGUAGGUGUUUACCUGAACGGAAUAAGCAGCCGCCCCGGGUACAUGGCCAUGUACCUCCACCUGACCUCGGGCCCCAAUGACCCCAACCUGAAGUGGCCAUGCCCGUGGCAGCAGGCCACUUUGGUCCUGAUGGACCAGCAGUCUGACAUCAGGCAGCAAAUGAACAUGCAUCGUAUGGUAACUACUGACCCCGACAAGAUGUCCUCUGAUGGAACAGAGUUCUUCUGGGACGAUCCCAGCAAAGUGGGAUCAAAAGUAACAACAGCAGAUGGCAGCUUUUACUACAGAGGUCCAGGCUAUGGAACCAGCACCUUUAUUACUCACAGCAGACUGAAGAGCAGGAAGUUCAUCAAAGGGGACGACGCCUUCUUCCUCUUCAGCCUGGAGGAUAUAUCAGCCCUGUUGGAUCCUCAGCCUCCACCACAGUUUGCAGCCCAGGCUGCUGCCCGUCUCCAGUCGGCCGGUCCCCACUCUUACCCCAUUAUAGCCGUGGCAGCAGUUCUGGCAGGAACCAUUUUGGUGGUUUCCUUGAUCUUUGCAGGAAACGCCAUGAGGCUGAGGAGGGGGAGGAGUCAGGGGAGCAUGGAUGGCGUGGUCGUCCAGAACACGGACGGGUUCACAGAUGAGCGAGGAAGCAGUGUUUUACCAGCUCCAAGUUCUGUUCCAUGAAGAUGCUUCAACAAUCGCUUCAGUGAAGCACGCUCAGGAUUUUCUAAACCGUUUCAAUCCUCUGGCUUCAGAAGAAUAAAGAUUCUGAAAAGAAGGA